AGCGAUCGUGUCUCGUACAGAUCAGUUGGUGGCGUGCGCUCUAACCCUGCGGGUGUGGUGUGAUCGUGAUUGUGAUUGUGAUCGUGUAGCGAGAAGGAUAUCGAGGACACCGAUAAAGUCUAGUGAAUUGUCCUCCUCCUAUUCCUCCCCCUUAAACGUGUCCUUGUUGGCAAUGCGCAAGCGCAAGUGCGUACAAAUGUUCGAUUUCAUUGUGAUAACUGUGCAAAAAUAAUUAAAACUCAAGUGAGAUACAUUUCAAGUGGACUUCCAUAUAAACAUACAUACAUAUAAAUAAAAAUAUAUACAUAUAUAGUAUACGCAUUUGUGUUAUUUGUCCAAGAAGUUUGUCAAGUGGAGAGCCAAACGCUGUCGAUUAAUACAAAUCAGCAGCGAAAUGGAUUUAUCGAGGCGGUUGCGCUCAACUGCCUUGGUAGCAUUCAUUGUCCUAAUUGGCAUACAGAACUCACAAAGUAGAUUCCCUGGACUACGUGCAAAAAGACAGUAUGGAGCGAAUUUAUAUUUGCCCGAAAGCUCCGUGACACCCGGAGGCGAGGGUAAUGAUCCUAAUGAGUGGACGGAUUGGAGUUCCAACUCCGCUUGCUCUCGCACCUGUGGAGGCGGUGUGUCCUAUCAGACACGCGAAUGUCUGCGUAGAGACUACAAUGGCGAAGCUAUGUGCACUGGUGGCAGUCGUCGUUACUAUUCCUGUAACACUCAGGACUGUCCAGAGGAGGAGCCGGACUUUAGGUCGCAGCAGUGCUCCCGCUUCGACGACACCGAAUUUGAUGGUGUCCUCCAUGAGUGGGUGCCCUACACAAAUGCGGCAAAUCCCUGCGAGCUUAACUGCAUGCCAAAGGGCGAACGCUUCUACUACCGCCAUAAAGAGAAGGUUGUGGAUGGCACACGGUGUAAUGACAAGAGUUUGGACGUCUGUGUGAAUGGACAGUGCAUGCCCGUUGGCUGCGAUAUGAUGCUGGGCAGCAAUGCCAAGGAGGAUAAAUGCCGAAAGUGCGGUGGAAAUGGUAGCACCUGCAAGACCCUUCAAAACACCUACGUCUCUAGUGAUCUUGCUCCUGGCUACAACGAUCUUCUGCUCAUCCCCGAAGGAGCCACGAACAUUCGCAUUCAGGAAUCAGCACCAUCGAACAACUAUCUGGCCUGUCGCAAUCAGACAGGACAUUACUAUGUCAACGGCAACUGGCGCAUCGAUUUUCCCCGUCCCAUAUUCUUUGCGGGCGCCUGGUGGAAUUAUGAACGCAAGCCUAUGGGAUUUGCGGCUCCCGAUCAGCUGACAUCCAGUGGUCCCAUUUCCGAGAACAUCUACAUUGUUAUGUUGGUGCAGGACAAGAAUGUGAGCGUUGACUAUGAAUACAGCAUUCCGGAAUCACUGAGCCGCAAACAGCCUGAUGCUCAUACGUGGACGCAUCGGGAGUUUGGACCUUGCAGCGCCACCUGCGGAGGCGGCACUCAGUCCCGUCAGGUUACCUGCCACAAUCGCAUCAACUUGCAAGAGGUCGAUCAGACUCUUUGCGAUGCUCAGUCAAAGCCAGAUGAGACUCAGGUCUGCGGUGUUGAGCCAUGUGCUCCACACUGGGUCGAGGGUGAAUGGAAUAAGUGCUCCAAGGGUUGUGGAUCAGAUGGUUUCCAAAAUCGUACCAUUACUUGUGAACGCAUUUCCUCUGAUGGAGUUCACACUGCUGAAGAUGAUGCCGUUUGUCUUAAGGAAGUUGGAAACAAGCCAGCGACAGUUCAGGAGUGUAAUCGUGAUGUCAAGAACUGUCCUAAAUAUCAUUCCGAUCCCUGGAAGCCUUGCGACAAGUUGUGUGGAGAGGGUAAGGAGACCAGGAAGGUGACAUGCUUCAUCAAAGAGAAUGGUCGCAAGCGCGUUCUGCCCGACGAGGAUUGUGUGGAGGAUAAGCCUGAGGUCGAAAGGACUUGUCUUUUGGCACCUUGUGAGGGCGUAGAUUGGAUCGUAUCUCAGUGGAGUGGUUGUGAAGCCUGCGGCCAGAAUACUGAAACUCGGACUGCGAUUUGCGGCUCCAAGGAUGGAAAGGUCUAUCCAGAGAAGUUCUGUGGAGCAAAGGCUCCUGAGUUGUCCAGAUCGUGCACAUCGUCGAAGUGUGAGUCUCAAUGGUUUACAUCCGAAUGGAGCAAGUGCUCAGCGUCUUGUGGAAAGGGCGUUCAGUCCCGUAUCGUCAUGUGCGGAGUCUUUGACGGCAAGAGUGUUACUACAGUGGAUAGCUCCAAGUGCGCUGCAGAUACGAAACCUGAGUCACAGCAGGACUGCGAGGGCGAGGAAAAGGAAUGUCCUGGACAAUGGUUCACUGGACCGUUCGGGCAUUGUAGCAAGCCAUGUGGUGGAGGAGAGCGAACUCGUGAGGUCUUAUGCUUAUCAAAUGGCACCAAGUCCCUCAACUGCGAUGGGUCCAAGGUUGAAUCGAUUUCGGAAAAAUGUAAUACACAACCUUGCACUAAGGAUGAAUUGCUGCCUGUCAGUAAUACUGAUAAGCCCAUUGAGGAAGGUGAUGCGGACUGUGAGCCAGAUGAUGAGUUUGAUUUGGUCAGUUCAUCAUUUAUGACCACAGAUGAAACGAAAGCCACCGAGGUGGUUGACUUAGAUGAUGCGACAGACACGAUGACUUCAAUUACCAAUGACGAUCUAAUGUUGAGUGAUAGUCCAUACACGUCUUCAGGAGAUUCUUCUGACACAACUGAAAGCACAGUCGAAGGCUCAGGCUCCGAAUCUACUUCAGAUAGCCCCAUUUCAACUGAAGGUAGCGGAGAUGACUUUACUGAUGAAUCUAGUUCAACAGACAAAUCAACCUCGGACGUCACAAGCCUAUCAACUGAAAAGACUUCCGAUACCACUGAAUCAGACUUAUCCUCAUCUACCGUAUCCGCAUCAUCUAUAGAUACUUCUAGCGAAGUUUCAAGCGGCUCAACGGAUGUCUCAGGCUCCACAGAUGCGUCAGGCUCUACAGAUGUUUCCCAAUCGACAGAUGCAUCAAGCUCAUCAGAUGUGUCAGGUUCUACUGAGGACUCGAGCUCAACAGAGGCCUCAAGCUCUACAGAUGUGUCUGGCUCGACAGGCGCAUCCAGCUCAACUGAUGUAUCAGGCUCAACUGUUGUAUCAGGAUCAACAGAUGGCUCAGUAUCAACAGAUGUUUCAGGCUCAACAGAAGCGUCAAGCUCUACAGAAUCCUUUAGCUCAACAAAUGGCUCAGGCUCAACAGAUGCCACCGGUACAACAGUUGCAGGAAGCUCAACAGAUGCCUCAAACACAACAUCUUUGGUGUCUAGUACCACGGUUUCUUCAGAUUCGACUGAUUCUAGUACAACAUCCGCAUCAGUUUCUACUGAAAGUUCUAGCACGGAAUCAUCAGUAUCUACAGAUACGACAAUCUCAACAUCAACGGAAACAACUCCUGAAAUUUCAACAGAAACAACCGAACCGACAAGUUCGCUGGCUUCAUCUUCAACAGAGAGCUCAUCAGAAUCAACUAGCAUCACUAGUGACGGAACCACUAAUGCAUCGAGCGAGUCUUCCGAUACAACAUCUGGCAUCACUGAAUCGACCGAUAUCGCAGGCAGCACCGAAAGAACCAGCUCUGCUGAUUUAUCUACGGAUGGCACCACAGGUUCAACUGAUGGAUCCUCUGAUAGUUCGACUGAUGGGUCAUCAGAUGGUUCGACUGAGAGCUCAACUAUUGGAUCGUCCGAUGGAUCUACCGAUGAUUCAACUACUGGAUGUCCUGAUGAUUGCACUGACGAGACUGAAAGCUCGACCGAUGCCUCUAGUGACGCGACUAAGUCUUCUGAAUCAACAGAGUCUACUAAAGUACAAGGCUCUGAUUCAACAGAAACUAGUACGGAGGGUGCAAGCACCGAUUCUUCUCUUGAAAGUAGCACUGUGGAUGCUAGCUCCAGCUCUACUGAUAUCUCCGUGUCUACCGGCAGUUCCAGUUCCACCGAUGUCUCUGAAACAACAGAGUCUGCAAGUUCAACCGACUCUACCAAAUCAACUGGAUCUGAUUCUUCCAUCGACUCUUCUGACAUCACAGGAUCUACCGAUGUUACGUCAUCUGUUUCUGAUGUUUCCUCAACUACAGAAAGUGGAGCUACUACUGAGACAACCGAAAGUGGACCGACCUCAGAAUCAUCGUCGGAAGGAUCAACAGGUAGCUCGCUGUCCACCGAAGAAGGUACUACCAGUGACAUUUGGAGCUCUUCUGACACCGACUCUAGCACUCCUCAUACCUGGGAGACAACGCUUACCCCUAACAAAGGAAAGCUUCGUAAAUGUAAGCCGAAGAAGAAGAACUGCGAGAAGUCAGAAUUCGGUUGCUGUCCCGAUGGAAAAUCGACAGCCAAGGGACCAUUCGAUGAGGGUUGCCCCAUUGCGAAAACUUGUGCUGAAACCGAAUUCGGAUGCUGUUCAGAUGGAGUUUCUCCAGCCGAAGGCAAGAACAACAUGGGCUGUCCAAAAUCUGAAUGUGCUGAGACACUCUUCGGCUGUUGUCCAGACAAAUAUACUGCAGCAGAGGGUGAAGAUAAUGAGGGAUGCCCAGAGCCAACAACACUGCCUCCAACAACUACAACUGAUGAAUCAACAAGUGAAUCAACCACUGAGUUCGAUGGUUCUGGCUCUGGUGAUACUUCACUAUCAACAGAGGCAGACACCGCCGUCACGUCCUGCUCCUUCACCGAAUUUUCGUGCUGUCCAGAUGGAAAGACACCUGCCAAGGGUGAAAACUUUGCAGGCUGCGGCGAGCCAGAAGUUCGCCAGGGUUGUGAUAAAUCAGAGCAUGGUUGUUGCCCAGAUCGUCGUACACCUGCAGCCGGUCCCAAUGGUCAAGGAUGUGCUGCCUGCACUUCCGAACCCUUCGGUUGCUGCCCAGACAAUGAGACGCCUGCUCACGGUCCUGGAGGAGAGGGUUGCUGUAUUAAUACAGCUUAUGGUUGCUGUCCCGAUAACAUUCGACCUGCUUAUGGAGAGAACUUCGAGGGUUGCGAAUGUAGUUCCUCCCCGUAUGGUUGCUGUCCUGACCAGAAGACGUCCGCUCGUGGACCUCAAGAGGAAGGAUGUACAUGUGAGACCACACAACAUGGUUGCUGUCCCGAUAAAAUCACCUCUGCUCGGGGACCCAAAUUUGAGGGCUGCCCUUGCGAAACAAUGCAGUUUGGUUGCUGCCCAGAUGGCCUGUCCUUUGCCAAGGGACCACAUAACCAGGGCUGUCACUGUAUGCAGACAGAGUUUAAAUGCUGCGAAGACGGUAAGACUCCUGCUCAGGGACCCAACUUCGAGGGUUGCACCUGCGUGGAGACUCAGUAUGGCUGUUGCCCAGAUGGUGUUACCAAGGCUCAGGAUGAGAAGUUCGGCGGUUGCGAGAAUGUGCAAGAGCCUCCACAGAAGGCUUGCGGUCUUCCCAAGGAGACAGGCACUUGCGGCAACUUUAGCGUCAAGUAUUACUUUGACACAUCCUAUGGAGGCUGCGCAAGAUUCUGGUAUGGUGGCUGUGGAGGCAAUGGCAACCGAUUUGAGACCGAGGCUGAAUGUAAGGAUUCAUGCCAGGAAUACGAAGGUCAACAUGUAUGCCUUCUUCCCAAGAGCGCUGGUCCCUGUACAGCCUUCUCCAAGAAGUGGUACUUUGAUACCGAUCGCAAUCGAUGCGAAGAGUUCCAAUACGGAGGAUGCUAUGGAACCAACAAUCGCUUUGACAGUCUCGAGCAGUGCCAGAGCAAGUGUGCGAUCAGCGAAAGCCUGCCACCCUGUGAGCAACCGGAGGACAGCGGACCUUGCAAUGGCAACUAUGAGCGAUGGUACUAUGAUAACAACACCGAUGUCUGCCAUCCCUUCAGAUAUGGAGGCUGCAAGGGCAACAAGAACAACUAUCCCACGGAACAUGCCUGUAGUUACAGUUGUCGCCAACCAGGAGUGCUUAAAGAGCAAUGCUCCCUGCCUAAACAAACUGGUGAUUGCAGUGAAAAGCAUGCCAGGUGGCAUUUCUCGGAAACAGAGAAGCGUUGCUUGCCCUUCUACUACACGGGUUGCGGUGGCAACAAGAACAGUUUCCCCACAUUGGAAUCAUGCGAGACUCAUUGUCCCCGGCAAGUUGUCAAGGAUACGUGCGAUCUUCCCGCCGAGGUCGGCGAUUGCGCCAACUAUGCAUUUGCCUGGUACUACGACACCAAGGAAGCUACCUGUCGUCAGUUCUACUAUGGCGGCUGUGGAGGUAAUGGGAAUCGAUUUGCCAGCGAGGAGGCUUGCUUGGCUCGAUGCGAGAAGAAACCGGAGCCCCCUACUCCCCCACCAGCCCCGAGCAAAGUGGAUGUCUGUGAUGAGCCCGAGGAACGUGGAGAUUGUGACGACUAUACGCUCAAGUGGAGCUUUGAUAAAACACGUGGUGCCUGUCGUCAGUUCUAUUAUGGCGGCUGCGGCGGCAAUGCCAAUCGCUUCGAGACCGAGUCGGAUUGUCUGCAACGCUGUGGAAGACAGGAGCCGCCACGACAACCCGAGCCCCAGCCGCAGACCAAACCUGAGCCCCAACCACAGCCUGCCGGAAACCUGUGCGAUCAGCCGGCUGCUGUUGGCGAUUGUGACCAAUAUGUGCUCAAGUGGAACUACAACGCAACUUCGGGUCAAUGCCAGCAGUUCUAUUAUGGUGGCUGCGGCGGUAACGAAAAUCGCUUCGAGUCUGAACAAGAUUGCUCGGCGCGUUGCGUUCCAAGCGUAGAAGAGGAGACACGACUUGAAGACGAAACGGCCAAGUGUUCCAGGCCUUUGGAUGCCGGAAACUGCAACGAAAACAUUACACGCUGGUAUUAUAACCAGCAGGAAGGUCUUUGCGAUGAGUUUGUCUAUUCUGGUUGCGGUGGCAACGAGAAUAACUUUGCUAGCGAGGAGCAGUGCCAGAAUGACUGCCAUCCGGUGCUUGAUACUUGCUCCCUGCCCCCCGUACCAGGUCGUUGUAAUGACAUCUCUCGUCGCUGGUAUUUCGAUGGACGCACUGGAGCCUGUCACGAAUUCGAGUUCACCGGUUGUCGCGGAAAUCGUAAUAACUUUGUGUCGAAGAAACUUUGCAUGGACUAUUGUCUGCCUCAGCCAGAUCUAGAUCCAGAACCAGAACCAGAAGUAAUAGUUCCAACUUACUCCGUUUGCGAACAACGUCCAGAGGCCGGGGAGUGCGAUAACUACACUACGGCUUGGUUCUACGACAACGACAGAAUGGCCUGUACCGCCUUCAGCUACAGCGGCUGCGGUGGUAACGGCAAUCGGUUUGAGACUCGCGAUCAGUGUGAACGGCAAUGCGGCGAGUUUAAGGGAGUUGACGUUUGCAAUGAGCCGGUGACGACGGGACCCUGCACACAAUGGCAGACCCGUUACUACUACAAUCGCGAUAGUCAAACCUGUGAGCCCUUCACAUUCGGUGGUUGCGAUGGCACUGGCAACAGGUUCAAUGACCUCUAUGAGUGUGAAACGGUUUGUCUGGCUGGUCGUGAGCCAUCAUCGGGUACGACCAAAGAUAUCUGCCGGCUUCCGGUGAUCAUCGGUCGGUGCAACGGGGCCGCGAACCAGGAACGUCGUUGGUACUACGAUGAUGACCGUGGUACCUGCGUCUCCUUUAUCUACUCGGGUUGCUUUGGCAAUCAGAACAAUUUCCGUUCAUUUGAUGCAUGUACAAAUCAAUGUGGAAAACCUGUCAACAAUAAGGUGGUUAACGAAAUCCCAACCAAUCGCUGCGAGAGCUACGAGAACGAAUGCCGCGAUCUGCGCUGUCCCUAUGGAGUGCGACGAGAGGCCGCUCAAUCUCAACCAGAGUGCGAGCAAUGCAUCUGCGAUAAUCCUUGCGAGGGUCACUCUUGCCCCGACACCCAACAAUGUGCCAUGGAUGUGUCCGACACAGGUGAUCAGUUUGUGCCCGUCUGUCGCGAUAUAAACAAGCCUGGUGUCUGCCCACAACUGCAGGCUAAUGCCAGCAACUGUGCCCGGGAAUGCUACACCGAUGCCGACUGUCGUGGAGAUAACAAAUGCUGCAGCGCUGGCUGUGGACAUCUCUGCGUGCGUCCAGCUCGUCCUACUCGACGACCCAAUACUCCCGCUCCCACUGUAAUCUAUCCAGGCGAUGUCAAGGCAAGCCUUGAACCCAAGCGGCCCCAGGAACUCGACGUGCAGACCUCGAUUGGAGGCAUUGCAGUACUCCGCUGCUUCGCAGCCGGAAGCCCGCCCCCCAAUAUAACGUGGUCAACGAAUAAUGUGUUGAUCGAUACCAAUCAAGGUCGCUAUGUACUCACCUCCAACGGAGAUCUGACCAUUGUUCAAGUGCGUCAGACGGAUGACGGAACCUAUGUCUGCGUGGCCAGUAACGGACUCGGCGAGCCUGUGCGUCGAGAGGUUGCUCUGAAAGUGACAGAACAUCGAAAUAUGCCCGCCUAUAUCUAUGGGGAUAAGAAUGCCACACAAAUUGUGCAACUGAACCGCCCAGCGUUGAUACGUUGUCCGGCUGGUGGUUAUCCGGCGCCUCAUGUUGAUUGGUGGCGCAACAAUCGACGGUUGGGAAUGGGCGUUGAGGGUCGCUGGCAGAUGAAUCGUGAUUACUCGCUGUACUUCCACUCGAUACAGCUGUCGGAUCUGGGUUUGUACAAUUGCGAGGCCUACAAUGAAGGACGCCCCGUCUCGUUGCAUGUUACCCUCAAGGCGGUGGGUCCUGCCCGCGCCCUUACCAAUGAGGAUGCAAAUUACUUGCAGUUUAUUAUUGACCCAGCAACGGCACCGGUCACCCAAAGACCCAGCUAUCCCUAUAGGCCAUCACGACCGGUCUAUGUCCCUCCUCCUCAGACCCCAAGAAUCAAUGCUCAAGCCGUGAUCGGCCUGGAUCCGCAGAAUAGUUACACUUCCGGCUCCACAAUUGCAAUUGCAUGCUCCGUGCAGGGUUAUCCGGCACCAAAUGUAACCUGGACCAAGGAUAAUAUACCUCUGUACAACAACGAGCGUGUUCAAAUCACAUCCGAACCUCAUCGUUUGGUCAUAAGCGAUGUUACCACCGCGGAUUCAGGUGAUUAUGGAUGCAUGGCCCGUAAUACUUUCAGCUAUCAUACCAGCCAGGAGAGGGUUACCAUCGAAUCUGUCAUACCGGUAUCUCCCGAGUGCGUCGAUAGUCCGUUCUUUGCCAACUGCAAGCUGAUCGUUGAGGGAAAGUACUGCGUUAACCACUACUAUGCCAAGUUCUGUUGUAGGUCCUGCACAUUGGCUGGCCAGAUUGCGCAGCCUCAUCCCAAUGCGCUUUAAUUCCAUAAUACCAAACUACCAAGCUAUCAAGCCUAGCAUUUUUGUUCGACUUCUGCAUUGAAUUGAGUUUAAACCAGGAAAAACAGAUGAACAAUUUCACAAGCCAGCAGAGAGACCAAAAAACCACUAAUUUCAAAGCCAACAGAUCAACAA